AUGGUAGCUGCACCCGUCUCAAACAGGCUUCCCCGUACAGGGGUCGCGACUCUGCUGGCAGGACUCGACACACCGGGAGAGAUACAGCUACCUGAUGGCUCAAUUGUGGCGGUUGGGUCGGGUGAACCAGUGUAUCGGGUCGUCUUUCACUCAAAGCGAGCAUUGAAUACCCCUAUGACUGAGAUUGGGAUUGGCCAGGCCUAUCUGGAGGGCGAAAUCGAGGUACAGGGCGAUUUUUGCGCCUUGUUGGAUGCGCGCCAGAAGCUACCGGAUAAGGUGCCAUUGCGGCAGAAGUUCCAGUUCGUGUAUGACUUCUUGCGCACCUCGUCCAAGAUGAAUGCCAAAGUCGUUGGCGACCACUAUGGUCUCGGGGACGAUUUUUAUCUCACUUUCCUUGAUAAACGGUUCAGAUUCUAUACCCAUGGGUUGUUCAAAACCCCAGAAGACACCAUUGAGGAGGCAUCUGAGCGGAAAUUGGAGACGAUGUUCGCUGCACUCGACCUCAAGCCGGGCAUGAGGCUCCUGGACAUUGGAGGUGGUUGGGGUGCCGUGACACAAUACUGCGGCGAGCGAGGCGUGCAUGUAACCACUCUCACUCUCACGCACGACAGUGCUCGCUUCAUCGGACGCAUCCUAGAACUAAACGACUAUCCCGGUGAAGUGUUCUUGCAAGAUUUCCUUCUACACACACCCGAAGAACCCUAUGAUCAUGUGGUCAAUUUGGGCUUGAUCGAACACAUCCCGAACUAUCGCAGGUUCGCGUCCAAGAUGUGGGAGGUCCUCAAGCCCGGUGGCCGAAUGUAUCUUGAUGCUUCAGCGGCUGUUGAGAAAUUUGCUGUGAGCUCUUUCACGCGGGACUAUAUCUGGGGUGGAACCCAUACAUUUAUGACCCUUCAGGAUGUCCUGGCGGAGUUCCUAUUCCAUGGAUUUUCGAUCUUGGAUGUUGCGAAUGAGACUCGGGAUUAUGAGCUAACAAUGUUGGAAUGGGCUAAGCGGUUCGAGGCCGCUAAAGAUAGCAUCAUCGCUGGCUGGGGGGAGCACAAUUACCGGGUCUUCCGCUUGUUCUUGUGGGGUGGAACACACGCUUUCAAAACCAAUGCAUUGCAGGCUUAUCAUGUAGUUGCUGAAAGAACUUCAUCGUCGGGUCCGCGCCCUUCUGUUCCCCGGCGGUUCAAGCAGUUCUUGGGAAAUUUGCGCUGA